AACAUGCCGGAAGCGGCGAGCUGCUUUGGUCUGUGGCGGGCCAGGCGGAUCUGGAUCUUGGAGUUUUUGUGUCCGUGAAGGCGGCGGCUGGGAAACGGCAAGAUGUCGUUUGUCAGAGUGAACCGUUAUGCUCCCCGGGGAGUGGGAAGAAAAGCACUGAAAGUAAAGAAGAAGAAACCUUCAGUGAAGCAAGAAUGGGAUAAUACUGUGAAUGAUCUAACAGUCCAUCGGGCAACUCCUGAAGAUCUGUUGCGUCGUCAUGAAAUACACAAAUCGAAGAAUAGAGCAUUAGCACACUGGGAACUCCAAGAAAAAGCUUUGAAGAGAAAAUGGAGGAAGCAGAAACCAGAAGCUGCCAGUCUUGAGAAAAGGAGGCUGGCUAUCAUGAAGGAGAUUCUUUCUGAUCAAUACCAGAUGCAGGAUGUGUUGGAAAGAUCUGAUCAUUUGAUGGCUGCAGCAAAAGACCUGUUUGUUGAUUUUCCUCGUAGGCGCACAGGGUUUCCGAACGUAACAAUGGCUCCUGAUUCCUCUCAGAGUCCCAUCGUGGUAAACGAAGACCCUGUCACCCAGUCCAUUCUGAGUGAAUCUGUCAUUGACCCUCAGGCUCUUAAUGAAGUAGAUGAUGAACAAAGAGGAGGAACUGUGAAUAGCCAGUCAGAAGAGAGUGAGAAUGAGUUGGAUAGCACCCUAAACUCUGAGUCUAACAAGAAUACAGAUAGGUUUCUUCACCAACUGAAGGAAGAAAAUUCUGAGUUAAUUAAUAAACUGUGGACUGAUAUUCAGCAGAAAACAGCGACACAGUCUUCUGGACCUCCAUUAUCUGCCACACCACCAGCUGCUCUGAACGCUACCAGUGCCGUCAAGAGAAUCCACACCAGGCUUCAGCCUGAAGAAUCUUCUGAGACUCUAGACUCAAGUUAUGUUGUGGGACAAGUGCUGAACCCCAGGAAGCCAAAACAGCUGUUAAAUAAAGUGAAAAGAAAACCGGAUUUGCGUGCUCCUUCCAAGCAGAAGAAAAAUACGUUAUCAACUAGCCCAGCCUCCGCAGAUUUCCGAAAUAACAAUAAUUCCAGCCUGGAUGUCCUCAGACACAUGAUAGAUGAAGUGGAGCAGGAGAUGGAAGAGUAUGAGCGGUGGACGGGACGCGAGGUCCAGGGCCUGCAGGGCGGUCAGGGUCUCACAGGGUUCACUCUGUCCCUGGUGAGCUCCCUCUGCCGCCUGCUUCGCUACCUGCGAGAGAGUGAGUUGCAACUGCGUAAAGAAGUAGAGACAAGGCAGCAACUGGAGCGAGUACUGGUUGACCACCGAGAGCUCAUCGAUGCCCUGACAGCUGAAAUUCUUCUCCUUAGAGAAGAAAAUACUACUGUGCAGGCAAGACUUCAGCAGUAUAUGGUCACAACAGAUGAGCAAAUUAUAUCACUCACACAUGCCAUUAAGAAUUGUCCUGUGAUAAAUAACAACAGAGAAGAAAAUCAAGCAUCAAAAAGGGGAGCCAUGAGUCGAAGAAUUAUGGACAAUCCAGAGGGUCCAGUUGUAAAUGCUGAUGUCUCCAGUCCAUUGAUGUUCAGAGGGGAUGAAGUGGUUGAAUUGCCACAAGAGGAGCUGCCUGUCAAACUGUCUCAGGUGCCAAACCAGCCUGAUAGUGGGACUCUGGCCAGCAGUUUUCCAGCACAGAUGUUUGAGCCAGCUGUGUUGUUAACACCACCCAGGCAGAAGAGCAGCUCCGAGUUCUCUCCUCUGCAGGAUGUAUUGAGGAGGACUGUUCAAACUCGUCCUGCCCCACGCAUUCCUCCAACUGUGGAAAUAAUUGAGAAGGAACAAAAUGGGGAAAAAAAGACCUUCCCUCCUGGUACAGAUGUUCAGAAUUCAAACGAAGAGAAUCGUCUCUUCACUCAGAGGUGGAGGGUUUCUCACAUGGGAGAAGAUUUGGAGAACAAAAACCAGGCUCCUUUUGUCAGUCUGUCACAGCCCCGCUGCAAUUCCCAUUCAAACACCCAGCAGUCAAGAAGCCCUGUGUUCUCAGAUGAGCCUCCAGUAUUGGGAGAUGGGCAACAACUUGGAACAAAUGAGGCCCUGAUACAAAGAAAGGACAUGAUGGCACGAAUUGCUAAGUUGGCACUGCAGAAUUCAGCUAUCAAGGCACAUCUGAAUAAUAUUGGGCCAGGGGGAGAGCGAGGAGAUGGACCUCGGGCGUUAAACAAACAGGAAAGUGCAAGCGACAUGAGUGCCACUUUUCCAGCAGCACAACCUCUAGCAAGUAGCAUGGAGGAACGGAUCGCAGAAUUGAAUCGACAGAGUAUGGAGGCUCGCGGAAAACUGUUGCAGUUGAUAGAGCAGCAGAAACUUGUCUGCUUGAAUUCUACGUCUCUGCUGGGAUCACCUGCUCAGUCACCUCUCAAAGCAUGGACUGAAGGAGGAAAGAGGACGAUUGAGGUAUCUGUUCCAGGAGCAGAAGUCCCAGAAAGCUCAAAAUGUAGCACUCUCUCUCCUACUAGUGGGAUGAAUACAAGGAGAUCUUCAGGGGCUGCUAGUAAUACCUGUUCUCCAUUAGAUACCACCCCAGGAAGUGGACGAUUUGUAUCUCUUAAUCCAAGAGCAAAGAUUGAGAAACAAAAUGAAGAAGGAUGGUUUGCCCUUUCUACCCAUGUGUCAUAAGUGAAGUCAAAUGUUACAGUUUGUCCUCCAGAGUUUAUUCUUGAGCUUGUGCUUCCCUUUCCCUUCUCCUGCUUUCAAGUUUUUAUGUCCUUCUUUCAGAUAAAACCUGCAAAGAUCCUAUUAAUUAGUACUAAUGGAACAAAGAAAUAAAGCAUUUUUUAAAAUUGCUGACCUUUUCAAAUAGGUUUCAUCAAACUUACCUAUAUACAGCUCCCUUUGAAUAAAAUUUUGACUGUAGGGAAAUGAAAGUUUUAUAUUCUAAUAAUUUCUUAGGUAUGUUAAGUGUUUGUUUUUUGUUUUUACUUGAGUAAUACAUUUUUGCCUUUAUCACCUUUUUUCAGAGUUUUGUUUUUUGUCUAUGUAGUGUAUCUUAAAUGUUGAUCUGUUUCAUUUUUAUUUUUUUCUGAAGAACUGAGUUGCUUGGCAUAAAACUUGUAAUAAAAUGCCUCUGUGUGAUUAGCCUUCAGAAAAAUUUAACAUCCUUUUUUGGCUUCUAUUUUGGGGGGAAGUCACAGCUGUCUGUCACUUAUUCCAUGAAGUGGACUACAUAGCUUUAAAAAAUAGACAUAGGAGUGUUUGUAUGUGUUUGCUUAAGUAGGUGAGAGUGGCUGUGUAUAUUUAUGUAGUUCUUAUGUUGUUGUUAAAUGUUAAAAUGUCAGCAAUAAUAGUAAUGCACAGCAUUACUAAUGCAGUAAAACUGAUUUAUUGGUAUAUUUAGUGUUUGAAACAGAAUUGAAGUAAAAAAGUUAUAAUCAGUUUUCUUAAUCCUGAAUCUAAGCAGGUUCAUUCAAGGGUAGGUUUUUCUUCAAGGCACCUGCUUGACUCUCAGAUGUUGGUUUUUACUGUAAACUUGCUUUUUGAAUUAUUUCUGCCUUUUGCUCUGUAAUAGAAAUUGUCUACUAGAGUCAGGUGGCAGUGGAGUAGGGUAGCUCUUUGGAACUAUGUGGGGAACUUUCUCAGACAGCACCUUUCCUUCCCUUCCACUUGUAAUCGUUGUUCUAGGAUGUCCUGUGCAACUUUCACUUGGGCCUCUUUUUCUUCUGGUACCACUGAUUUUUUUUUUUUUAAAUGUGAAAUCGUCUGUAUUCAUUUGCAUUAUUGCAGAUUCUUCCAAUUGUAUUGUACUUUUGAGUCUUAGUAUUUAAUGAAUACUAUCCCUGUCUACAGUAGAAACCAUGUUAGUGUUACCCUUUUCCUUGUAUUACUGAAAUGUCACGUUAUCCACUUGGUGUGUGAAUGUAUCCUUUGACAUGCAUUUUCCUUAUUGUUCUGCAAGUGGUUGACUGUUUUUUUUUUGUUUGUUUAUGUUCCUUUAGACCUCAAAGACCAUGAUUCUCAAAUUGGGGAGCUUUAGAAAAUACCAAACUGACUAUCUCGAGGGUCAAGAAUGAUUCUGAUAUGCAACAGGGGUUAAGAACCAGUGCAAAACACUCACCACUAGCUCACUGGCAAUCUGUAGGGCUGGUAUUUAAGUAUUCAUCCUAUAAACGGUAACUUUUGCUGAUGAAAUGCAAAAGCAGAUAGAAAAAACUCUUAAGAAUAUUGGAUGAGCAGAUAAGAGCCUUUUCUUCCUUAGGCCUUUUGAACAGUGCUUCUAAACCUUGGCUACCAUUAUAAUCACUAAGGGAUCUUUUAAAAUUCCCAGUGCUCAGGCCUCACCUCAGACCAAUUAAAUUCGAAUCUCUGGGGGCAGGACAUGAACAUCAGUAUUUUUUCAAACCUCAGAUGAUUCCAGUGCCCAGCCAAGCUUGUGAAACUUUAUUCUCAAGAUAUUUAUUGCCCACAAAGCAUAAAUUUGUGCACAUUUGGUUUUAAUUAACCAUUAAACUACUUUGGGAUCUCUGUUUAUCAGCUUUCAGAGCAAUCUGCAUCAGUGGGUAUCAAAGUAUGAGCACUAACCAGCAGCAUCAGCUUCACCUGGAGUGCUUGUUAGAAAGACAGAUUCUUGGGUCCCACCCGAGACCUACUGAAUCAGAAAUUGUCUGGUGUCAUGAUCCCUGCAGGGGAUUCUGACUCAUGUUCCAGUGUGAAAACCACUGAUCUGUAGCAUUGCAGAGGGUAUUCUCUGCUGUGUCUGACUGUGGUAUACUACGUUUGUAUUGACUUCUGACAAGCCAAACUGAGAUUCCUUGUGUUUAAACUCAAAACCAAACUCGCUGCUAUUGAGUCGAUUCUGACUGAUAGUGACCCUGUAGGACAGAGUAAAACUGCCCCAUAGGGUUUCCAAGGAGCGCCUGGUGGAUUCAAACUGCUGACCUUUUGGUUAGCAGCCAUAGCUCUUAACCCCUGCGCCACCAGAUAAUACAUAUAACUUCUCCAAUAUGUCCCCAAAAGCUGUUAAUCACUUGCUAAACUUUAAAAUUACAGUUCUCCAAAUUACAGCUUAGGAGAGAAACUAGAUUGUUAAUUAAAUCCAGUUAUGAUAUAAUCAUUCCUUUAGUCUACAAUGAAAUCAUUUGGAUUAGCAGAAUUUAAUAAUAAUUUGAUGUCUGCUAAGUGCGAGGCACUGUUGUAGGCAAUUUACACGACUUCAUGCCACUUUUAUGUAGUGGGUACUAUUAUCCUCAUUUUGCAGAUGAGGAAACUAUCAGGAUUUAAAGCUCUUGCUUGUAAUUACUGAACUUCCCCUGACUUAAGAGAACUAAUAUAGCACCAGUGGUUAAGAGUACAAAGUACUGCAACCAGAAAGCUUGGAUUCAGAGGCCAACUCUGCCACUUACUGUGUACCUUGGGUAAAUUACUUAAUCUCAUCUUUCCCAUUUCCAAGUCAGAGAUAAUAACAUACCUUUUUUAUCGGCUUGUGGUGGUGAAGUGGUUAAGCACUCAGCUGCUAACCGAAAGGCCAAAGGUUCAAACCCACCAGCCGCUCGGUGGGAGGAAGAUGUAGCAGUCAGCUUCCAUAAAGAUUUCAGCCUUGGAAAUCCUGUGGGGCAGCUCAGCUCUGUCCUAUAGGGUCACUAUGAGUUGGAAUUGACUUGAUUGCGGCAAUGGGUUUUCUGGUUUAUAGGCUUGUUUGGAUUAAGCAAGGUAAACAUAUGUAAAUAUGCUGAGAACAGAGCCUGACUCAAAAUAAGCCAAAUUUUUUGUGGAUUGAUAAAUACAUUAUUUCCCCUGUGUUUCCAGAUUUUUUCCCCAGAUAUUCAAGUGAAUUUAUUGUAGUGUUCUCAGAUUAGCAAUUGGGCCCAGUGCUUUAAAUUUAGAGAUAUUUCACCUGUGAAGAUGUUUGGAAAAUGUAGAAAAAUAUAUUGAGCAUAUUAUGUGAAAAUGCAACUGACAUUGCUGUUUAAAAAUAAGUUUCUCCUAUGUUUUCUGAUUUUUCAGACACCCUGGAUAUACUAUAUAAUAAUUAGUAGCAAGGAUACUGGAGAUGUUUGUUUUAGUCUUAGAGAGUACUGUACUAAGGAGAACAUUUCAAUACACCAGCAAAUGCAUAGUAUAAAGUUUUUGCAACAUUAUUUUAUAAGGUUAUGGAAACCAAUAAACACAAUGUUGUAACCAUUUUUUUUAUCAACUUUAUUGAGAAAUAAUUUAUGUAUAAUAAACUACAUCCACUUAAA